GAAACAGAGGCAUUUCAAUCUCAUAUCUAUCUUUCUCUCUCUUGUUUCUCUCUCUAAAAGCUCUGCGAGAAGACAAGACCAAUGGCUACUGAGGUGAGUUCUCUGAUUCGGGUUCUGGGUGGUGGAUACAAGGAUGAGAAGCAUCGAACGGUGGGGAAUGAAUCUAACGGUGAGAAAUCAACGGCUCUGAUUACAAGGGAUUUGCUUGGUGGGUCCUCCGUUGAAUCUCAGGAAUUGGACCUCGACUUGCAGGUACCCAGUGGCUGGGAGAAGCGCCUCGACCUGCAGUCAGGGAAAGUCUAUAUUCAGAGGUGCAACAACACAUUAGGCUCACCAACUAUGUCUGAAAACAAGGUUCAUGUGAAACCAGUAGGUCCAAAACUUCAAGACCUAAAUUUCCCAUCAGAAUCCAAUGUGUCCUUGAACCUUUUUGAUGAAGCAAACUUGGAUUUGAAGCUGGUUUCAUCUUCAUUGCCAUCAAGCAAUUAUCAAAGUGUGUGUACACUAGACAAGGUGAAGUUUGCACUUGAAAGAGCAGAGAAAGAGCCAAUAAGGAAGAGGUCAUCAUGCUUGAAGUCAUCAUUUUCAGCAUCAUCACCUUCAUAUUCAUCAUCUUCAUCAUCAAUGAGAGAAACCCAAGAAGAAGAAACUGAAGACAAGUUUUCAUCACCAAUGGCAACAGGGUGCCCUGGUUGCUUAUCAUAUGUAUUGAUAAUGAAGAACAAUCCCAAGUGUCCUAGGUGUAACUCUGUUGUUCCUCUUCCGUCCAUGAAAAAACCUAGGAUUGAUCUCAAUAUAUCAAUUUAAGUUAUUUGAGGAUCAUUGGUAUUUGGUUUCUUUUUUUUAAUAUCAUUUUAUUUUUCAAGUUUUGUAAAUGCAAUGAUAGAUAAAUUUAGGUUGUUUAAGGAUAGGAUCAUUUGUUAAGUGACAUUGGCCAGGGUUUAUGUAUAUUAAAAAUAACUAUGGUUUUACUAGGAAAGCUAAUAGAAAAUUUUCCAAUU